ACCCUCAACCCUCAGUGCAUCAGACAUAGACAAAGAAAUUGCUGUUAUCUAUACCAUUGUUAUACCAAUGCUAAACCCUAUCCUGUACAGUUUGAGGAACAAGGAGGUGAAAGGAUCUAUUGAAAAAAUCAUUAUGAGAAAAAUGCUUAUCUAA